AUGAAUAAACAUCCAAAUGAGUUGGCUGUGAUCACUUUAACAGAUAAGAUAACUGUGUUAAAUGAAACUAGCUCUUCAUAUUCCAAAAAUCAUGACUAUAAACUUUUAGAAUCCAAUGUGGAAGAGAUAACUGUUAUUAUAAACUCAUUCCAAAAUGAUCCAUCUAUCUUAGAGAAAAAGCUUCACAUUAUUGUCCCAGUUUUAUUGGACGAAUUCUUUGAAGAAACUAAAGAUAUUACUAUAAAGAUUUUCAAGUCCAAGAUUUUCUAUAACUUAUCCAAAGUUACCUCUUUGAAAGCAACAUCAAAGUUUUUAACCACAAAUGUUUUUCUUUUGCCUCUCAUAAUGAAUGAUCUAAAAUCUUUAGGAAAGUCAACUGAAAAUCGAAUUGUGGAUAUUUGGUAUUUACAUUAUUUAUUAUUAGCAUCUUUAAACACUGUAGUACAAUCACCAUUUGAUUUCAAAGAUAAUUAUGCCGAAAUUAUUGAAGCUAUCAAUUCAUUCAAAAAUAAUCAAUUGUUUAUCACCAUACUCUGUCAAAUACGGGCACAAUUAUAUUUCAAAAAUAAAGAAAAGUCUAAACAUGAUAUUGAAAAGGUUACUUCUAAUCCAGAACAAAACGAAGACCUUUUGACGUUGAAUUACUACUUAAAGCUACUAAUUGUAAAUGCUAAAUCGAUAGACAUCGAGGAAUUGGAACAAUUUUUUCUCACAGUUUUAUCAAUGGAAAAGUUAACUUGCUUCAUAUUGAAUUCAGCAUCAGCAUCAGCAUCCUCUUCUUCUUCUAAUAGAAUGAAUAUCUUAAACAAAUUACUUCCAAAAUUGUUUAUAUUGAACGGGUAUUUUGAAAAUUGGGACGCUUUAGAACAGAUCAUCUCGUGGUACUUAUCGCAUUUUUCGAAUCAAUCAACGGAUACACGUUUCAUUAUCGCACACUCAUUCAAGAAGAUUCUAAAUACGUUAUGUAACGAAUUAAAAGAGGUGGAAAUGGCACAAGAUAUCUUAAUCAAUGAUAUCAUCCUUACUACAGCUUCUUUACUGAAGGAAAAGUCAUGGGAUAUGAUAGAUAUUGACUUUUUGCACACAAAUUUAUUGAUUAUUGCAGAAUCGAUUAAAUAUAUCGCCAAUUCAUUAACAUCAACAUAUCUACUUACUAUCUCAAAUGAAAUUAUACCGAAGAGUUUAACUUUUCAACAAUUACAACUUAAGUCAAUCAAAGGGAAUCAAAUCAAAGACGCUACAAACUUUAUUUGCUGGUCUCUAGCAAGAAGUAGAUCUACAAUCCCUAUUCCUGUACUUGAUUCUGUCUUCUUGAAUUUGUUAACUUGCUCAUUAUUUGAUCAUGCAUAUAUCAUAAGAAAAUCCUCAACUGCUGCAUUACAAGAAUUAUUAGGAAGAUAUGGUACUAAAAUAUUAGAUCAUCCAACCAUAAUGAAAAUAAUAGAAUUACCCAUCAAUGAUAUUGAUCAUUCAUACUCAGAAAACAUCAUCACUUUAUAUUCUAUUUUUAAUGUUAAAUUCCCGGAAUAUUGGGAUUUCAUCAUAAGCUGGCUUUUCGAUACCAACAUAUUCGGAACGAAUUUUAAUCUUGGUUCUGUUAAAUUGACCGCUAAAUCCUUCACUUCUCUUUCAAAUCAUGUUGAUACUGCUCACCUCGUUGCCUCUUCGAAUUUCAAUGCAAAGCUUUUUCAAAGAAUUCAGCAGUUCAUAAAGGCAGGGAAAUCUUCUAAAGAUAGAUAUCAGCUUCAAUUAGAUUCAGCGAAAAUCGUUUACUUACUCAUAGAAUUGAUUCUUCGUACAAAAAUUGCACAAGACAAAGACGUCCUUCAAAAAUAUAGGAACUUCCUUGAUGAACUCAUUACAAACUUCAAAGCAUUUGACAUUUUUAAACGUCACAGAAAUAUAAAUUCCAAUAGAUUAUUCCAAUAUACAGUAAUUUUGAAAAUAUUCAUUUAUCAUUUUGCAUCAAAUUAUGAACAGACAUUGAAAUUUACAAAAGACGACUGUUAUAGAUUUUUCUCAAUUGUGAAAUCAAUACCUACUAGAGACCCAUUGGUUUUCAAAGAAUUUGAUAACCUAACGAAGCAAGUAAUUUCUGUAUUAUCAGAUUCUAUCCGUUCUAAAUUUGAAAAUAAUGAAGUUGCAGAAUUAUUCUGGAAAGAGUAUGAAAAACAGAUAAAGUCAAAUAACCUUAUAGUUUGUUCUUCUCUACCUAAAUUAGAACCAAGACACUUUUCUGAAAUUUUUUAUAAACAAUUGCAGACUCUUUCAUGCCAAUCGAAAUCUAAAAUAAUUGAUUCGUUGACAGCUGAUACUACUAAGUUCCAACUUUUAAUAACUUCUGGUCUCUUACAUGAAAAUUCACUCCUUGAUUUCUUGAAUGAUUAUACGAUCACAGAACAAGGUGAUGUGGGCCGGUUAGUACGAACCAGUGCGUGCGAGUUAAUAUCUAAAAACAAAAACAUAUUACUAUCUGGUAGUACUACUGAUCUUAGAAUAAUUUCAAAACUAAUUCCCUCCUUAAUUCGGAUAUCUACGGAACCAGCCACAGAACUGAAGAAAUUAGCGUUCACCCUCCUCUCGGACAUCUUCAAAUCCUCCAAUGAUGAUUCAAAAAGCAUUCAUUGUCAACUACUGACUUUUUAUGAUGAAGAGUAUAUAAAAGAUAAUACAAUUUAUAUGAGGAAUUUCUGGAAAGGAUACAUGAUGACACUUGGUGCCGUUCAUGCUACAGACGAAGAUCUAACAGAAUCAUUAAAUGAGUUUAUACGAUUCUACAAUAAUCGAACUUCUAAUGAUGAAAAAUUAGAACUUUGUAAUGAACUAAUUAAGAUUAUACCGAGAGCUACUGAACUAACUCAAGAAAAUUUGAAAUUUACCAUAAUUUCAUUGAAUUUUUGGGAACGUUUGUUUCAAUCUGGGAUCCGUUGGCCAUUUGAAUUCAAUAUCAAAGGUGUUUACGCAAAAUUAUACAAUUUGCACUUGGUAGAAAUACAUAGCGAUGAUGGCAUGUUGAUGUUGAAGUUAGGCGUCUUGAGAUUAUUUCCACAUUUAUGUGUUGUCUAUCAGGACAUUAAUAAUGAUAAUCCAGAUUUGGUCGUGCCAUUUGUUAAUACCAUUAUUAAAAGAUUAUUGGUAUUAAUCCAGAGAAAAUCCACUACAGAUUCUACUAACUCAAUCAAAAAGAAAAGAAUAAGUGAAAUGAUUAAACGAUCAAGUAUAGAGAGCUUGUUACAAAUUUUAUUAGAAUUUGAGAUGUAUCAUGAGUUAAAGGUAGUAAAAAGUGCAUGCAAAAGCGAUGAUGUUUCUAAAAGCAUAUGGACUGAUGACACACUCCCCGAGCAAAUAUUGUUAAAAGACAAUUGCGUGAAGAAUAUUUAG